AUUGAACUGAGGUCUCCAUGAAAAAGCAGAGACCUACGUGCAGUAAUUGUUUGUUUAGUGAACGAAAAAAAAAUGAUCAAAAGUGCUAGAUAUCAAAAGUUUAUUGGACAUACAAUGUUCAAUACGGGUCAAUAGGUUACUGGACAUUAACUUUGGAUAUAAAUACUUUUCUGAGUGGCGUACGUAAUUUGUAUUUGGAAUUGUAACGUGCAGUAUAGCGAUGCUGGGUUGGCUCUACGCUGUAGUAUUGUUCACACUGUUCAGUUCUGAAUUAAUAGAGUGAAAAUUUAAACCGCGAACAACCGAUAAGGAUUUGAGUAAUUCACCACAUACCAUUGAAGGUGAACACAGUGCAGCAUAUGAUCAUGAUGCAUUUUUGGGAAGAGACGAGGCCAAGCGAUUCGAUGAUCUAACACCAGAAGAAAGCAAACAAAAAUUGGGUGAGAUUGUGGACAAAAUUGAUUUAAAUAAUGAUGGUCAAAUCACGUCCGAAGAAAUGACUGUAUGGAUUAACAAAGUAUCCAGAAAAAUGCUCCUUGAUGAUGUUGAUCGCGCUUGGAAAGAUUUUGAAUUGCUAGACGAAGACAAGUUGUCUUGGGAGAAACAUGUUGACGAGCUGUUUGGUGAAGACGGAGAUUUAGAGGAUGAAGAUGAUGAAACAAAGAAAGCCUAUUCUGAAAAAGACAAGAGGCGUUGGAUGGUUGCCGAUGCAGAUGGAGAUGGAAAGCUAUCAAAAAUAGAAUACUUAUCAUUCCUUCAUCCAGAGCAUGAACCAAAAAUGCGAGAUGUCGUUAUAAAGGAAACAAUGGAAGAAAUUGACAAGAAUAAUGAUAGCUUCGUUGAUCUUGAUGAAUAUAUCAAAGAUCUGUGGUCUCCGAAUUCACCUAAUGAAACGGAGCCUGAAUGGGUUAAAACUGAAAGAGAGGAAUUCGCCAAACGACGCGAUAUUAAUGGGGAUGGAAAACUGGAUCUGGAUGAGGUUGGCAAAUGGAUUGUACCUGAAGAUUAUAAUCAUGUCCAAGCAGAAGUAACCCAUUUAUUCUCAGAAUCAGAUGCAGAUCAGGUAGAGCUUAUGUUGAUUAUUGUGUCUUCGUAAAUUUGAUCAGUGUCCUUAUAAUACUUGUCAGUUCGCCAUUGUAGGUUUUUGUUGCUAUUUUAAUCAAGAGACUUAAAAGGUAAGAUGGCUCUUAGUUGUUUUCCAUGCUAAUGAUAACCUUGUAUUAUCCAACCAAAAAAGUAGUUGAAUACUGAACUAUGAAAAUUUCCGGGACUAGAGAAGUAUUUUCAUUCGGAUAAGAUAAAUAGCGUGUUAUCAUUUUGGAAAAGCCUCUUUUUGUACUAAUGUCAACAAUUCGUACAAUUAUGACCAUUCCCGUCAUUUACAAUGGUUACCAAAUAUCAUUUUGUGUAUGGGAUGCAUAUUGAUCCAAUUUGUUCUCGGUAGAAACGAAUUUUGCCCCCAAACGCCCUGGUACGGCCGAGAGUGGGGAGAGUCCACUCUCCCUCUCGAAAUGCUCUCACAUGGCCAUGCGUAUAUAGCCUCUGCCAGGGAAGUCCUAGUCACUGCCUUCUCGUGGCGGGGGUGUUGUUUACGAAAAUGAGAGAACGAAAAGCGAAUGUCCGGCGCUUUAACCGGAUCCCAAACCAAUGGUGCACAUGGGCUCCAGUAUCCUGAAGGAACAAAUGGCGUAUGAAUCAAUCGUUGGUCACCGGCUACCAUGGGACUGCAUCUCCUUACGAUGCUCCACUGCCUUGUGGGUCAGACGUUCAGGUCGAAGGCUCGGGGUGUGGCCCCCUAAGAAAACUACCUGAUUCGGUUUGGGCACCCAGGCAGUAUCACAGCCCUCAUACAUAUCAAAUGAGAUCUAUGUGGCACAUAUGUAUUUGGCACCUCUUUGUACCAAUAUCUGUGUUAAAAUAAAUAAAUAAAUAGAAACGAAUUUUACUCGCUUUUAUUUCGUCAAAUAUGUAUCUCGUAUUUUUUAAAAUUUCUGUUAAUACUAUUUAGGAUGGAAAACUCAGCAAAAACGAAAUAUUAAAUCGUUACGACUUAUUUGUUGGUAGUCAGGCAACCAAUUUUGGGGAAAUCCUAAUUGGUCAUGAUGAACUAUAACAAUGUAAAAUCUGUCAAUGAAGUAAUCCGACAACCGACUGUCUGUUAAAUAUCCUAAGGAUGUUUUUCUUCUAAGUCUAACAAACUUUUUCUUGGUUCAUAGUUUCCAUCAGUUACUAUACGUUAUUACCUCUAUCGCAUAUGUUCUUGUUAAUCAACACUUAAUCUUUCAAGUGUGUCAAUAAAAUUUGUUGGAGAUCGUACAUUUUACAAGUGCCUAUUCUAGCGCUUAUUUUAUUUUUAUCUUACAAACAAUUUCGUCUAUAUUUUAUUCUCUUGAGCUAUUCGUUUAUUUUAUGUUUUAUACUUUUUAAUCGUUUAUUUGUAUAUGAAUCAAAAUAGUUUAUUUGCUAGCUUCAUUUUUAGUGGAUCUCUUUUGUGCGCAUGCUUGUCAUUAAUAUAUUUUGUAAUGUAUAAAAAUAUAUUGUUGCUUUACA